GAAAACUCCUAUUUCUAGGUCAACACCUAUUUCCAUCAACUUCCACUAUAAACCCUAGAAAACACCCUCAAUUAACACCUUAUUUAUCUCCUCCUACAUCUUAGCUUAAUCAUCAUCUUCCAAAAAUUAAAUUUCCUAUAAUAAAACAAUUUUUUUUCUAUAUAUGUGACUUUCUUAAUUCACCAUUUCUGCACCUGGUUUACCAUCGCCAUGGCCACCCACAAGAAAAAAGAUAAAACCUUUCUCUCAUGAAUCUUUUUCUCCCUUCUUUCUUCCACUUCUUAAAGAAUCAUCCACACCAUACCAACCGUGAGGAUUAUCACUGGAAGCCGAAGAAAGAAGGAUACGAGAAAAAGAAAAAGAAAAAAAAAAACUAAAUAACUGAAAACAGUUGUCAGGUAGCGGCUACGACAGUUAUGUCGAGAAAGGUUGUUCUUCGGUCGGCAGUGUCUCGCCCGCGGCAGCCGCUGCUGCAGCAGAGCCGGAGCUUCCCCCAGACGGGGACGAGGCUGGGGGAGGCGGUGGGCGGUACCGCCGCCGUGUGCUGCUGCUUCUCGUUCGGGUUGGCGAACAUGAUGUAUCUAGCGAUGUACAAGGUGCCGACGAGACUCUGCCAGAAGGCGCUGCGGCGGAAGCGACGGCAUCUGCGGAGCAAUAGCGAGGGGUUAGAGAUGGUGACGCACUCGCGGCGGUGCUCGUGCGGAUGCUGCGACGACAUCAUGGGCGCUGGGCGGGUGUACCCGCUGUGCAGCGAGGACGAGGAGGACGUUGCGGCGCUUCGGCGGCUGAGCGAAGCGGAGAAAGACGCGGACGUGGUGGAGCUGGAGAAAGAGAUGUGGGAGAGGUUUUACGGGUCUGGGUUUUGGCGAAGCCCUUCUCAGAGAAAUGAGGAAGCUGUUUAUGUUCCAAAUCUUAAGGUCGUUGCUGUUAAGUGAUUCCUUGGGUCAACCUCGUAACAUGAAUGAACAUUAAUGGGAUGUCAUUUGUUUUUGGAAAAUUUUCCCUUAAUGUUCUUCUUUUUGGUUCCUUCAUUUCAACAUAUUUAUCAAUUUCUCUCUUUCCUUC